GUAUGUUCUUUAUCCGCGGAUUGUCUUUUAAACACUUGGAUAAAUGCUUUGAGAUGGAGAGCAAGAGAAACAUGGCCAGUUCGAGUAAAUCGACUUUAAUCUUGCUCGUCUACGGAAUCUUAAUGCACUACAGCGUCUUCUGCACACCUAUCGGACUAAGUUACCCUAAGAUUAGACUCGACAACGACGCCUUCGAUGAGGACGGGAAUUCGUUGUCCGACAUGGGUUUCGGUAGCGAUCAGAUUGCCAUCCGGAGCCCCCCAUCCCUAAACGACGACGCGUACACGUUGUACUACCCGCCGGAGCAGAGACCAGAAAGGCAUGCUGAGGAAGAAUUAGAUAGAGCCUUGAGGGAGAUCCUGGGUCAGUUAACAGCGAGACAUUAUCUGCAUUCUCUGAUGACAAUUCGUGCAGGCGAAGACAACAGCAUGGAGGAAGAGUCCGAGCCCCUGUCCAAACGACACUCGGACGGCAUCUUCACCGACAGCUACAGUCGCUACAGAAAGCAGAUGGCCGUGCAGAAAUACCUGGCCGCGGUUCUGGGGAGAAGGUACAGACAGAGAGUUAGGAACAAAGGACGCCGACUUGCCUAUUUGUAGCCUUCCCAAAGCGCCCAAAACUGCCCUCCUGUGUAUAUACAUCCAGUCGUUAAAUCAAAGUCAUUCAGAUAUAUCUGACCAACCAGUGGAUUGCGCCUGUGUUCUUUCAACAUGUAUUUAUGUAUGAAGUAAAGCCAUUAAAAUCAAUAUUUUAAUAAUAAUAUCGUUUUUUUUCUUUUCUUUUUGUACAAAAGCACUUGAUGCCGCACAGUUAUACUUUGUGGACCAAUAUUUUAUUUUUCAUGUUGAGAUGUUGAAAACAAAACAAAAUGGCUAAAAAAAAAAAGAAGAAGAAAUUAGAAGAAGAAGAAAAAAAAGAAAAAAAAGAAAAAUUGUGCACCUUCAACAUUAUGCGCUUGAAACUUUAAAGGUCAUCUACAUAUGCAGAAAAUAAAUAGAUUUUAAAAAGACAAUCAAAGUAUUGAAUGUUAUACUUAUUUUUGUAACCAACGUUCUAUUUUUUUAGUGUUGUUUGUUUUUCCAAACAGGCCCAAAGAAGCAGUGAGCAUGCGAUGUGAGGCAUAUAUGGGGGGGCUUAUCCUAAAUGAUAGAUGUGGCCCUUGCCCACCCUCCUCCUCGCUCCCUUAAUGGGAGCCCUGUGGGUCCGCGUAGCUUGCUGCCCCCUCCGGGGGAAUUCACAUGGCCUUUGUUGAGCAGCCUCUCACGUGAUGGAAAAGCUGAUUGACUCGCGGCGGCCAUUCGUGUAACCGGUGGUAAAAAACCCGUCCGUCCUUUGAAGCAGACAUUAAAUCGCAGGCUUUUGCAAGGGCACAAUUGCCUUUGAUAGAGAUUAAAAAAAAAAAAAAGAAUAAAUAAAUAAAUAAAAAACGCACUGGAGUUGCUGUUGACCGUAUGCGGCAAA